ACCCCGAUCGAUUGCCUGUCUCUCCCAUUCAGAGUUCACAACACACAAGCACAACACCACCAGAGAAGCAAAUAUGCAGAGCACCAUCGUGCUUUACACAUGGAUGGUCAGGGGCCACCUCCACCCCACGACGCAGCUCGCCGACCACCUCGCCGAUCUUGGCCUUCCUAUUACCGUCGCCGUCGCCGACGUUCCGUCUACCGGCAACUCCUCUGAGACCAUUGCCCGUCUCGCUGCGGCCUAUCCUUCCGUCUCCUUCCACCUACUCCAUCCGGUAGCGACCCGAUCCGCUGAAACGGCUGAUCCCGACGCCGAUCCUUUCAUCGCCCUCAUCGCCGACAUCCGCGCCACCAACGCUGCCCUCCUCGCCUUCCUGAGUUCCAUCGGGCCCGUCAAGGCUCUCGUGGCCGACUUCUUCUGCGCGUACGGGUUUGACGCCGCCGCGGAGCUCGGCGUCCCGGCAUACCUGUUCUUCGCCUCAGGCGCGUCGGUCCUCGCGGCCUACCUGCAAAUCCCCAUGAUGCGCACCGACGUGUCCUUCGGGGACAUGGGGCACAACCUGCUGCAGUUCCCUGGAGUUCACCCGAUUCCGGCGUCCGACCUGCCGGAAGUGCUGCUCGAUCGCGACAACAACCAGUACAAGACAUUUCUUGGCCUCCUGGAGCAGCUGCCGAGAGCGAAGGGCAUCCUGUCGAACACGUUCGAGUGGCUGGAGCCCCGCGCCGUGAAGGCGAUAAAAGACGGGACUGUCCGUCCCGGCGAGGCAGUACCGCCAUUCUUCUCCGUCGGUCCAUUGGUCGGCGAGGAGAGGGAAAGCAACGCAAAGCACGAAUGCCUACGGUGGCUGGACAGCCAGCCUGCGCGGAGCGUAGUAUUCCUCUGCUUCGGGAGCGCCAGCUCGGUGCCCGCGGAGCAGCUAAAGGAGAUCGCCGUGGGGCUGGAGAGGAGCGGUCACGCGUUCCUCUGGGCCGUGCGCGCGCCCGUGGCACCGGACGCUGACUCCACGAAGCGGUUCGAGGGGCGGGGCGAGGCGGCGGUGGAGGCGCUGCUGCCGGAUGGAUUCUUGGACAGGACGAGAGGACGCGGCAUGGUGGUGUCGUCCUGGGCGCCGCAGGUGGAGGUGCUCCGGCACCCGGCGACGGGCGCGUUCGUGACGCACUGCGGCUGGAACUCCACGCUGGAGGCUGUCGCGGCUGGGGUGCCGAUGGUUUGCUGGCCGAUGUACGCGGAGCAGAGGAUGAAUAAGGUGUUCAUCGUGGAGGAGAUGAAACUUGGGGUGGCCAUGGACGGCUACGACGAGGGAACGGUGAAAGCGGGAGUGGUGGAGGCGAAGGUGAGGCUGGUCAUGGAGUCCGAGCAAGGGAAGGAGAUCAGGGAGAGGACGAGGCUAGCGAAACAGAUGGCCGCCGAUGCGCUGGAGUCCGGUGGAUCGUCAACGGCAGCGGUUGUUGACUUUCUCAACAGUUUGAACAUUUCUAUACACCACUAAAUCGGUUGAGUGGCUUUUACUUAUGUAUUGAGUGGAAUGGGGGAGUGUACGU